CUCCAGAUCUCAAGCAAUCCGCCCCACCUCGGCCUCCCAAAUGUUGGGAUUACAGGCAUGAGCCAUCGUGCCCAGACUCGGUCCUGUUUUUUAACCUCUUGGACCCACAUGUUGUCUUGGUUAAGAGAAGAAUGCAAAGAAAAAAAAAAAAAAGAGAGAAGAAUGCUUGUGACUGAAGCCCAGCCCAACCACUCACAAGCUGUGUGACCCUGGGCAAGUCAUUCAACCUCUCUGAGCCUGUUAUCAUAGCCCUUUGAAUGGCUUUUGGAGGAUUCAAUGCAAGAAGGUGUGUGGAGUGGUAUACAGGGUACUGGACACAUGGUAGGUGAGCUGUGUCUGCUACCCAUGGUUAGUGGGGACAAGGCCCAGACAGACAUGAAAACUUGCCCAAGGUUAUACAGUCCGAUACAGCUGCUGGGGUGGGGGGCACCUAGGAGGGAACCCACCAUAAGCCUUCGGGAAUGGAAAGGGUGGCCUGAGGGAGAGAAAACGUCUCUUAAGUCCCCCAGUGCCUCCUCUUCUUCCCAGAGCUGGAGCCAGAGCCAGAGCCAGAGCCCCCUACCCCACAGAUCCCCGAGGCCCCCACACCCGACGUGCCUGUCUGGGACAUUGGGGGCUUCACCCUGCUUGAUGGGAAGCUGGUGCUGCUUGGAGGAGAGGAGGAGAUCGGAUGCCUGGAAAGACAGAACCAGACAAUGCUGGUCCCAACCAGGUCCACAACGUUCGGGGGUUGCUCAAGAGGCUGAAAGAGAAGAAAAAGGCCAGGUCGGAGCCCCGGGAUGGGCCCCCCAGUGCUCUGGGCUCUAGGGAGUCGCUGGCCACACUCUCUGAACUGGACCUGGGCGCCGAGCGGGAUGUGCGGGUCUGGCCACUGCACCCCAGCCUCUUGGGGGAGCCCCAUUGCUUUCAGGUAACGUGGACGGGCGGAAGCCGCUGCUUCUCUUGUCGCUCGGCCGCUGAGAGAGACCGCUGGAUCGAGGACCUUCGUCGCCAAUUCCAGCCCACCCAGGACAACGUGGAGCGGGAAGAGACAUGGCUGAGCGUGUGGGUGCACGAGGCGAAGGGGCUUCCCCGGGCAGCGGCGGGGGCACCCGGCGUGCGCGCCGAACUGUGGCUGGAUGGUGCGCUGCUGGCACGCACGGCGCCUCGGGCCGGCCCAGGCCAGCUCUUCUGGGCCGAGCGCUUUCACUUCGAGGCGCUGCCACCUGCACGUCGCCUGUCGCUGCGGCUGCGCGGCUUGGGCCCGGGAAGCGCGGUGCUGGGCCGCGUGGCCCUGUCGCUGGAGGAGCUGGGCGCCCCACGCGCGCCAGCCGCCGGCCUGGAGCGCUGGUUCCCGCUGCUCGGGGCGCCGGCGGGCGCAGCGCUGCGGGCGCGGAUUCGUGCGCGUCGCCUGCGUGUGCUGCCGUCCGAGCGCUACAAGGAGCUGGCGGAGUUCCUCACCUUCCACUACGCGCGCCUCUGCGGGGCCCUGGAGCCCGCGCUGCCUGCGCAAGCCAAGGAGGAGCUGGCGGCCGCCAUGGUGCGCGUGCUGCGGGCCACUGGCCGGGCACAGGCGCUGGUGACUGACCUGGGCACUGCGGAGCUGGCGCGCUGUGGAGGCCGUGAGGCGCUGCUGUUCCGGGAAAACACAUUGGCCACCAAGGCUAUCGAUGAGUACAUGAAGCUCGUGGCACAGGAUUACCUCCAGGAGACCCUGGGACAGGUUGUGCGGCGUCUCUGUGCUUCCACUGAGGACUGUGAAGUGGACCCCAGCAAGUGUCCAGCCCCGGAGCUGCCAGAGCACCAGGCCAGACUUCGGAACAGCUGCGAGGAGGUCUUCGAAACCAUUAUCCAUUCCUACGACUGGUUCCCUGCGGAGCUGGGCAUCGUGUUCUCAAGCUGGCGAGAAGCAUGCAAAGAACGUGGCUCUGAGGUGCUGGGCCCCCGACUGGUGUGCGCCUCCCUCUUCCUGCGGCUCCUGUGCCCCGCCAUCCUGGCACCCAGCCUCUUUGGUUUAGCACCAGAGCAUCCAGCACCCGGCCCAGCCCGCACCCUCACACUGAUUGCCAAGGUCAUCCAGAACCUCGCCAACCGUGCCCCGUUCGGUGAGAAGGAGGCCUACAUGGGCUUCAUGAAUAGCUUCCUGGAGGAACAUGGACCAGCCAUGCAACGCUUCCUGGACCAGGUGGCCAUGGUGGAUGUGGAUGCUGCACCCAGUGGUUACCAGGGUAGCGGUGACCUGGCCCUCCAGUUGGCUGUCCUGCAUGCCCAGCUCUGUACAAUCUUUGCUGAGCUUGACCAGACAACCCGAGACUCCCUGGAACCGCUGCCCACCAUCCUGCAAGCCAUCGAGGAGGGCCAGCCUGUGCUUGUAUCAGUGCCAAUGCGUCUCCCACCACCCCCGGCCCAGAUCCACUCCAGCCUUUCCGCAGGGGAGAAGCCCGGCUUCCUGGCCCCCCGGGACCUCCCCAAGCACACCCCUCUCAUCUCCAAGAGCCAGUCUCUGCGCAGCGUUCGCCGCUCAGAGAGUUGGGCCCGGCCACAGCCGGACGAAGAGCGGCCCCUGCGGCGGUCCCGGCCGGUGCAGCGCACGCAGAGUGUACCAACCCGGCGUCCUGCCCGCCGCCGCCAAUCUGCGGGGCCCUGGCCGCGACCCAAAGGCUCCCUGAGCACGGGUCCGGCGCCCCGCGCCCGGCCUUGGACCCGGGACUCCGCCUCGCUGCCUCGGAAGCCGUCGGUACCCUGGCAGCGCCAAAUAGACCAGCCGCAAGACCGAAACCAGGCACUGGGCAAGCACCGACCUGUGAACAAGUUGGCAGAGCUGCAGUGCGAGGUGGCCGCUCUGCGUGAGGAGCAGAAAGUGCUGUCCCGCCUCGUGGAGUCGCUGAGCACCCACAUCCGGGCCUUGACGGAGCAGCAGGAGCAGCUGCGGGGCCAGCUGCAGGAUCUGGACUCCAGGCUCUGUGCUGGGAGCUCAGAGUUUGAUUCAAAGCACAACCUUCCAAUCUAUGAAGGGCACAGUCUGAAAAGCCUGGAACACCGCCUAAAUGAGAUGGAGAGAACUCAGGCUCAGCUGAGGGAUGCUGUCCAGAGCCUGCAGCUUUCUCCAAGGACGCGGGGGUCUCGGAGUCAACCCCAGCCCCUCAAAGCACCCUGCCUCAAUGGAGACACCACCUGAGCUGCCCAUCCUGCCUCACCACACGUGGUCUGGGAGCAGAGAGAUAGCCGUCUUGGCCGGGGGGUGGGUGUCUGACCUUGCCUUAGCCCUACUUGGCCAACAAUGGGGAGUGGAGCUGCUGGUCCCAACCACUCUGGCAGUGUGAAGUUGCCCAGUAAAAUCUUGAUUUCAGU